GGCCAUGGAAAUUCCCUCUCAUUUUCACACAAAUCUCUCUCUCUCUCUCUCUCUCUCUCUCUCUCUCUCUCUCGAUUUUCUAUUCCCCUUACACUUCACUUCCUGACCUUCUCAAAUACUUCCAUGGCUGCAUCCCCCUCCAGUGUCAUCUCUGGAGUCCUCUCCAUCUCUUCUCCUCCGCACCCUAGGAAGUCACACCUGCCACCCUACUGCCCCAUCUUUGCCGGAAAAUGCUCCUCCACCCCUUCCCUAUAUAUCUCUUGUUGGAAAGCCUCCAAUAAGUUAGUAUGCAAGGCAACUGAAAUUUCAGUGGCUGAAGAGUCUCCGGCUUCUGGGGAUAGUGGCGGCGGCGGCGGCGGCGGAGGUGAUGGGAAGAACUGGGUUCCGGUAGUGCCACUAGCGGCGUUACCGAGGGGUGAAAGGCGUGUGAUUAUUCAGGAUGGGGAAACGAUUCUGCUUCUCUGGUAUAAGGAUGAGGUUUUCGCAAUCGAGAACCGGUCGCCAGCCGAAGGAGCUUACUCUGAAGGCUUGCUUAAUGCUAAGCUGACUCAGGAUGGCUGUAUAGUUUGCCCAACAACCGAUAGUACAUUUGAUCUUAAAACUGGAGCCAUCAAGGAAUGGUAUCCAAAUAAUCCUGUGCUGAGAGCCCUUACACCUCCCUUGAGGACACUCUUCAUUUAUCCUGUGAAAACAGAUGCUGAGAACAUUUAUAUUAGCAUGGAAGGAGGUGAAUUGGCUGCUUCUGCAGAGAUUGUCUUCAGUGGGAAAGCUCAACCAGGUGUUACGGCAUCCGAUGUCAAUGUGGAGGAGGUGAGAAUGGUGGUUGAUGAAGGAUCACAGGGCUUUGGUUUCACUAAAACAAAUGAAUUGAUAAAUGGAAAGGCAGCUACAAUUGGCUUCCUAUUAUUGCUAGAUUUUGAGCUCUUGACGGGUAAAGGUCUUCUUAAGGGAAUUGGCUUCUUGGAUUUCCUUUAUACUGUUUCAAAAGCUUUCAGCUAGACAGCCAACAUUAUUUUUUCAGAAACUCUAGAGCCUGCUUAAACCCCUGAUCUAUGAGAGAUGUUCGUCCCCUUGUAUCAGAAAUGCUUCAAAAAUUUGAUCUUAUCAAGCAUUAGGUUAGAAAAAAAAAAAAAAAAAGACAUCUGAAAGGAAAAUCUAAGACUGAUUUAUGGCCUCUGGACCUUCUCAGUAAUUUUUUAUUGAUCAUAAUGAAAAAUUAAUAUAACAAUUAGACAUGGA